AGCGCUAGAAAAUAGAAAGGGUUAGAAGUGUUGGUGGAGGAAGAGAUCCGGCAACCAUAAAAGAAGAAAGCAGGCGAACCAAACCAAACAUACCAAAGCGAAGCAAAGGAAAGGCACGCAUCCAACAGAAGGGGACACCAAACUCGUAAAGGGAUCGGCGUCAUAUAUAGGGAGCAGCCAGCAGGCGAUCGAGAAGGACAGGGGAAGGCACGCAGCCGCAGCAAGCAAGACCUGCGACUGCGAGCAAACUAAGCUACGCGAGCUCCGUUUCGUCUCCCAAUCUCUAUCCUAUACAGAGAGGGAGGAGGAAUAGAGGAAAUCGAAGCAGAAGGAGCUUCCUUUUCACGCUCCCGAUCGUGGGAGUGCACGCCACCCCGAAAGGGUCGUGCGGGCGGCGGCGGCGUGGGUGAGUUCGUAUAAAGCGCGGGCGCAGAGGCCACCGGGGGGCUCCGGAGAUGCAGCAGCGGCGCAAGUCGGUGUUCGCGUCGGCGCCGUUCGCGAUGAAGCAGGCGGCGCUGGGCGCCGGCGUGGCGGCGCGCAAGAACGGCGCGCCGCUGUCGCUGGCGGCGGUGGUGUUCGCGCUCUUCGUCUUCGCCACGUUCCUGUACAACGAGGACAUCAAGUCCAUCACCGACUUCCAGUUCAGCGCCGGCGCCAUCCGCGCCAAGGCCCCCGACCUGCACCUCCUGCAGGAGGCCGAGGCCGCCGCGCACGCCGCCGUCAACACGCUCGCAAAGCGCGGGGAGGAGGUCAUCGUGCGCGUCCUCGAGGCGCCCGCCGCCGCGGGGGCGCUGUCAUCGCUGCAGGGUGGCGCCAACGCCACCGCCGGCACCACCGGUGCGGCCGCGGCCGCCGCCGCAAAGGCGAAGGCCAAUGCCAACGCGGUGGACGUGGUGCAGGAGAAGGAGCGGGACGUGACGCUCCCGACCGUGACGGGCGGCGGCGGCGCCGACGAGGCCCGGCGGCGAGCGGACGAGGAGGCCGCCGAGAAGGCGUCGUCGGCGAAGGCCGCGGCGGCCACGGCGGCGCUGCGGACCGUGGUGAGCGUGCCGGAGACGUGCGACCUGUACCGCGGCAACUGGGUGUACGACGAGGUGAACGCGCCCGUGUACAAGGAGGGCGAGUGCGAGUUCCUGACGGAGCAGGUCACCUGCAUGCGCAACGGUCGCCGCGACGACUCGUACCAGAAGUGGCGCUGGCAGCCCACGGACUGCGACCUCCCGCGGUUCGACGCGCGGCUGCUGCUAGAGCGUCUCCGCAACAAGCGGCUGAUGUUCGUGGGGGACUCGCUGAACCGGAACCAGUGGGAGUCGAUGGUGUGCCUGGUGCAGUCGGUGAUCCCAAAGGGGCAGAAGACGCUGACCAAGUUCGUCAACGGCGGCUCCAGCAACGUGUUCUACGCGCACGCCUACAACGCCACGGUCGAGUUCUACUGGGCGCCCUUCCUGGUGGAGUCCAACUCCGACAACCCCAAGGUGCACAGCGUCCCCGACCGGGUCAUCCAGUGGCACGCCAUCGCCAAGCACGCACGAAACUGGGUCGGCGUCGACUACCUCGUCUUCAACACCUACAUCUGGUGGCUCAACACCCUCGACAUGAAAGUCCUGAAGGGGUCCUUCGACCAGGGCUCCACCGAGUACGUGGAGGUGGACCGCCCCGUGGCGUACAAGGAGGUGCUCAAGACGUGGGCGAAAUGGGUGGACCGGAACAUCGACCCCAACAAGACCACCGUCUUCUUCAUGGGCAUGUCACCAAACCACAUCACGCCGGAGGCGUGGGGCAACCAGGGCGGGAUCAAGUGCGCGAUGGAGACGCUGCCGAUCACGAACCGGAGCACGUCGCUGGACGUGGGCACGGACUGGCGCCUCUACGCGGGGGCGCAGGAGGUGCUCCCCACGCUGCGCCGGGUGCCCGUCCACUUCGUCGACAUCACCGCGCUGUCCGAGCUCCGCAAGGACGCGCACACCUCCGUGCACACGCUCCGGCAGGGGAAGCUGCUCACCCCGGAGCAGCAGGCCGACCCCAAGACCUACGCCGACUGCAUCCACUGGUGCCUCCCGGGCCUGCCCGACACCUGGAACCAGUUCCUCUACGCGCGCAUCGCCUCCAGCCCAUGGCCCGCCCAGCAGUAGCAUGCCAUGCAUCCUCUGAUCGCUUUACUACUCCGACGGGGCAGCGUCCGAAGAACGAGGCUCCGGUGUUGUUGCUGCAACCAUGCCGUACAGUACAGGAACCUGAUCGUCAGCCAAGGACAAAGUUGUCUUGACACAAGGGAUCCUCGCUCGCCUUUUCUUUUCUUUUUUUUUUACCAAUUUUCUUUCUUUUGGUUGCGUAAAGCUGUUCCGUGUUGUUAACCAUCCUUGAUUCUUUUGUUGGAACACAAGUGGAGGGUCUCUAGCUAGGGUAAAAGGAAAAAAAAAGUGGCGAGCUGUGUUGAGUAGUAGCUCGCUAGCUCAUUUGAUUUCUUCUCCUGGUGAUCAGCAUGGCUCGGAGAAAAGCAAAAGGUCGUGCAAGAGAUGUUGUAAAGGGGGAAGCAAAAGAGGGGUUACAUUACAUGUAAAGAAGAAAUUUUUGUGUAUUACACUAUGCUGGUGCACCCAAUGUUAAGAGAGGUAUAAAGACUACCUAGAGGUGCAUCUGUUCUUCAAUCAUGACAA